GAUAGUUAUAUUAUUAAAUAGCCGUAAUUUGUUUGAGUAUUUUAAACUAAUAUCAAAUAGACAAAAAAAAAUAUAUUUAAAUUAUAUAUUGAAAAUAAUCAGCCUUCUAAAACACGAAAGUAUUAUUUAUUUAUAUCAAGGAAGAAAUAAGGAAGCAAUUAAAAUGAAGACCUGGUGGUUGUUUAUUGUCCUUGAAGUAAUUUCUUCGUGUUAUGGAAUUUAUUAUGAUAAAAAUGAGACAAAUAAAAUAUAUUUCAAAGAAAUUCCACAUGUCAAUACAACGGCAAAAAUUGAUGAAAGCAUGAAAAAAACUGAUGAUAAAUUUUCUAGUAAACUGAUUAGUAAACAAUUGAUUGGUAAUAAUUUUUCAGUAGAAUUUAAAGAACCAGUUGUUGUUUCGUUAAUAGAAAAUAUAACAAAAUUGGAAAGAAAAAUGAAAAAUGUUAUUCAUUUGAUGAUUGAAGAUGAUGAGCCUGAAAAUUUUUGGAAAAUUUUCAAGGAUAAAUAUCCAUUUUUUAUUCACGGAUCUGUUCAGGGUUGUAGAAUUCAUGGAGGACUGAAUAAUUCUGUAAAAAAAUGUAAUUGCGAAGAAAAUAUAAGAUCAAAUGUAAGCGCCUUGUUAAAUUGGGCACGAACAGAAAAAAAAAUGAAUACUGCGACAAUAUUUGCUGGUAAUUUUAAAAUUAUUGAUUUUUUUGAUAAUUUUGAUUCAUUUGGUAAACUGGAUAUUGGCAGUGAAAAUGUAAAUGAUGAAAAAAAAAAGUUAUCACAUUAUAAAAAUGUUAAUAAUCAAUCAGGCUUAAUUUUACCCUUCCCUGCAUUAUUAAGACGUGAAGCUUGGGAUAUGAUGAAUAUAUUUUCGCGAAUCAGAACAUCAUGGUUUAAAAAUUUAUUUGAUUCUCUAAAUAAUGAUUUGAUUCCAAAAAAAAAAUCCCGAUCUCGGAGGAGUAUCUUGAAUGAUCCACCAAGUGCUUCUAAGUUAUUUGAAAAAACACUCAAAGAUCUUCAAAUAUUUUCAAAUGAAAAUGGAUUUAUUCUCGUUGCUGCUCUACCAUUCACUGAAUUAUUUAAUAUCACCGAAAUUAUUCAGCGAGAUGUUUCACUGAGAGAAACACUUGUUGUGAUAUCGGGAAUGUGUUCACAUCAUGGAAAUUCAAUUCCAAUAUUUUUAAGAGGUCCAGAAUCUACUUCAAUACUCAAUGAUACAAAGAUAAUUGAUGAACUUUCAUCAGUCAUUAAGUUGAGCCUUGAAAAAACAUAUUCUGAACAUUGUAAAAAUGAUACAAAAUUACUUUCAAAUUUUGAUAUUCCAAAAAAACGUGUUGCUAGAUCUGACGAUGAUGAAGAAAGAAAUCAAAGCGAAGAGGAAAAAAUUCUUAACGACGAUGAAAAUUUAGCUACAUCUUUCCCACCAGAUGUUAUGUUUGAACAAGUUGAAAACGAAAGCUCUGAAUUAAUUGAUGAAGAGUUACCAAAAUCAAUGUCAGAAUCAUCUGGAAAUUUAUCACAAAAAAUUAAUUGUGUUCAAGUUUUUAUUGGUCUUGCUGUGACUAUGACAACAAUGUCUAUUUUUUACAUGUAAAAAAAUGUAAUAACUAUAAAGUGAUACAACUAAAAAAAACAUAGUAGACAAAACAGAUAAAGAAAAUAAUUAUUA